AUGGAUCGACUUGUACGCAAAAUAAAUACUAGUCCAAGAUCUAAAAGAAAAACAUUUGUGCAAACAGCCGACAACUUUGGUGUACCUCUCAAAGUUUUACUUGAGAGAGACUGUAUAAAACCUGUACCUCGUAUCGUUAAAAAUAUUUGCGAAUACCUUCUGACUAAUGGGCUAAAUGCCCAAGGAAUUUUUCGCAUCAAUGGAAGUGCAAAAUUAAUCGAAGCACUUAAGAGUACUUUUCAGAUAUCGGCAGCCGACGAUUUGUAUUCAAUAGGAAAUGUUGACAUAUACGCAUUAGCAGGAGUUUUAAAGCUGUUUCUUCGAGAACUUCCUGAUGGACUUGUGUCAGAAAAACAUGGAGUUAAGUGUAUAAAGAUUGCCAAGGAAUACGCAACUGAUGAAAACAUGUACAUUUUUAAACUACAAAGUGUAAUAUGUACAUUGGUGCAUGAAAACUAUGAGCUGUUGAAAUAUUUGUGUCGAUUUUUGAACAAGAUAGCUGAAAAUGAACCGGUCAACAAAAUGUCAUAUAAUAGUUUAGGAAUAAUCUUUGGACCCUGUGUAUUUCGAUGCAGCUUAGAUGUACAGGUUCUGAAAAACCAGGGCUUGACAAAUUGUGUAAUGACUUCACUCAUUCAACAUGCGGAUGCCAUAUUUUUGCACCAUCAUAAAAAUGAUUUCCUCGUAUUGGAUCGCUUAUUUAAAUUACCUGAAAUUGUCUCCAGCUCAGCUUUACCCAAUUUUGAAGAUCGAGUCCAGUCCUCAUGUGAUACCUUAUCGGGUUUAAGUCGCAUUUCUAGCGCUAUACCUAUUGAAAGUCCCAAUGAAAACGAGGUAUUAAGUCUGUCAAAAACAAUGCCGUUGAUUUCUAAAAAUUCAGCCAAUCCUCACAAUUUGGAGAUGCAUCACCAAGUGGACGUGUUACCUGACUAUUCUCCUUGUAAACCGAAGAUUUCACGGACAAAUGUUAAUCCUGCCAGACCGGGUUCAUUGCAUGAUAUUUCACUCCAGGAGAAAGGAUUUUCCCGUAUUAAUUCUCCAGAAUGUUAUUCCACACCACUAAAUCAAGACAAAGAAGCUGCCAUAACUCCAUCAACUUCAUCUACAUCUAGCCCAGUCACUUUUGAGAUUUCUACUACUCCAACUUAUACGAGUCGAAGCAAUUCUGUUUCUCAUGAUGAAACGGUGAAUACUGAAGGAAUUUCAGAGUCAGAUGCAGAAGAACUUUAUAAAAAGACUCCUGAACAACUGGCUUUAGAUAUUACGGAUAUUAUUACAUCUCUCGCAACAGGAACUUCUGUAGAUAUGUGGUGCUCCGAGUCACAACCAAACAGUUAUUAUAAUUCUUCAGCUCAGGUGUCGAAUUGUAACAGUAAAUCUGACUAUAUUAUUUCACAAGAAUCAGACGAAAGAUUGCCUACUUCAAGUUUAUCCUCCCAAUCACAAAACACACCUAACGAAUUGGUUGACUCUUCUAAUGCCAGUAAUUCUACUAAACUAAGAAGGAUUUCUAGCCAGAGGAAGUAUUCCGCUAAAAAAUCUGAUCUAAGUCUAAUCAGCACGUGGAAUUCUAUGCCCUCCAUAGAAAAGAAUACAACAGAAACCUUAGUCCAGUGUACAGAUAUCAAUUUACUAGUAAACGACAAAACCCGCGAGAAAUUUGAUAUUCCCUGCCAAAUGCCAAGGUCAGUCGCAACAAACUCCACCAAAAAUACAUGUGAAUUUUCACCAAGUUCUUUCCAAAUUGAAAAUAAGCAGGAUGCUGAUAUGAGCAGAGAAGCGAUGACAGAUCUUUCACGUCAAUCCCCUAUGCCUACUGUGGACUCAGGUCGUUACUGUAAUCUGCCAGAUGCCAAUGAUUUGAAUGAGUCAUCUCCUAGAACUCAGAUAUCUUCACGUAUUUCAGAGUGUAGUUUGACUCAAGCUAUAAAUCAGUGUUUGGACACUCACAUAUUUUCCUUCAAACAACAGAUCUCACCUUCUCCUUGCCGCCCUGGUAGUCUUCCUGACUCACUAAACAACACUACUCAUGUGGUUUCUAAUCAUAUAAAUUCCGUUCCUGUAUCAGCUAAACCCAAAUCACCUAAACUGUAUCAUUCAGAAAAGCUGCUUCAUGCCUCUCGUAAUCGUCUUCCUGAUGCUACUGUCGGCAUUAAUCGUGCCGAUGAUUCCAGCAAUAUAAUCAAGGCUAAUCAAGAGGAAUGUUCUUUACCCUCUAGACAUUCCUUCCACUGUGCUACACUCCUAAUGCCCCUUCGAAGUGGUGUUGUACAUCAAAUAAAAAAGUAUAACCAAAGUGCACCGACAAGUCCGCUAGUGGUUAACCCGCAUGCUUCUUUUACAUUCGAGCAAAAAUCAAAACUUCUUGAUGAAUUUCCUAACAAACCACCAGAUUCAUUCCUCCUUGAAUCGCCACUUCAUCAGUCAAACACUCCACCUUCUCUGGAUCCACAAAUCGAAGGCUUAAAGAAAUCUACUGAGAAUUGCCAAGCGCUUCCUCUUCCUGAAAAAUUCGAAGUGGAAACAAACCAAAAAUUGAAACAAGAAAAUUCACUAAGCAAUAGAUCAUUACAAAGUCCAAAUGAUGAAAAUGAGAUAUGCGAUGAACUGCUUGGAAAUCAGCCUGCUAAAAGCCAUGCUUGUGUUAGACAAACAAUAAAUCCUAAUAGUCAGAAAAAUGCUUUCAUCAACAGGACAAUUGUAGGUUAUUCAAAACACUUGAAGGAGUUGGAGUCAAUCCCCUGUUUGUCAAACAAAAGUCACAGUUUGUCAGCAGUGAACAGCGGGUCAAACUUGUACAUAGAAAGCCAAUUGUUGUCUCCUAGACUACGGCAUAAAUUUAAGUCAAUGCAGCAACUGAAUAGGGAUGAGAAAUCAAAGCUGACGAAAAUACCGUCGAAUGCUAAGCUGUCCUCUGAGGGAAGAAAUCACCGAUCACCUCCAAGGAGGAUACAUCAUCCGCUGUUGAAAAUAAAUCAGAUCGUGUCCAGUGUGAAUUCAGUAUUCCUUUACAACAGUCCAGACUGUAAACUUCGUUCACUCAUUGUAAGAAAGUAUUCUGCAGUCUCCUCGGCUAAAUCAGCGGCACGAAAUGCUUUCAAAACUGUAGAUGGUGAUGAUAAUAAUGUGGAUAAUUCAACUGUGAAACAAUUGAAGACACCGCUUGUAUCUCUUGAGUCGUUUUAUGAUCUGUUAUGUGCUGUCCUGUCUGAACAGCGAAGAUGUUGUGGUCGCCCUGAACACCUAAGUGAAAUGAACUGGGAUCAAAUUGAGCAAGAAAAAUUCGACAUACAAAAGGGUCUUUUAUACUUUGAAGGUCUUUACGGUCGACCAAAAACUCCCAAAUCUAAACGAAUCAUGAAACCAGUAUAUGAACGAUAUCGUCAAGUGAAACGUUUAGUUGCAAGCCGACACAGCGGUAGCCUACUUGGAGUGAAUAGUCAGUUUCCAUUCGGUAAAGAUUUAUCCCACUUAAAAGUAGUGUCGACUAAUGAUGUCGACGAAAAGCUGACAAAUAAUCAACUGCCAUUUUUAGUUUCUGAUGAAUUAAUGAAACUGCUUGGCACUCCGACACGUACACCUGAAGCACUUCUACUCGAUAAUAUUCAAGAUGAUAUGGACUCAGAUUCUGAUUUCAGUGUAUCUCAAUGUGUAAAUAAUAAGUGUGAAAAGACUGCCCCACCUGUAGAAGAGUCUAAUCAACGAGAUGUUGUUUUAAAAUCAUCUGAUAAUCAUAACUUGUUAACUGAUGACAAUCAAAGUGCUAGGUUCGCAUUUAAGUCGAAUUGUCGUCGAUCUCUUAUGAGACCGAAUGAUCGAGAAAUUCAACUAUUUUAUAAACAAAUAUGUUCAUUAACUCCUAUGGAAUUGUACAGUGAAAAGAAGAAUAUUUUAUUAAAGAAGCAUAUUGUACAAACUGAACUAGUGGAGUAUGAAAAUAAUAUUCAGCGUUUAUUAGGUCGUAAACCUACUCGAACAGAACGUGAACCAAUACGUGAAAAAUACGAAGUUUAUGCUCUAAUUAAACGUCAACUGAAAGCUAUUGAUUCUUGUUUAAACCUGUGCUCAUCAGAUUUGAUCAAUAUACAAUGUGAUAGCAAUAACAGCAACAAUGAUAAUAAUAAUAAUAGCAACAAUAACGAUAAUAAUUGUAUGGAAUAA